AUGCUGAAAAUUCAGCUUUACCAUCAUAGGAAUAAAUAAUAUUUUGCUUAUAUUGAAAUAGAAAAUAGUUUUACAUUGCAAUUUUUUACUGUAUCAAAGAGUACCUGAUAUGAAUGCGUUCAGAGUAUUUGUGGACCAUUAAAAGGACAAGAACGUAAGUAGUCUACGUUUUUUUAGGCUGCAUACAUAGGUUAUUUAUAUGUAUAUUAUUGUUAUUGUAAAGGUAUUGUAUUUGUAAGAUGAAUAAAGUGUUUAAAUGCUUCAUUUUGUUUUUAGCUGCUGAAAAUGAUAGACAGACAACGUAUAAGAUUGUAAAAUCAAAGAUACUCAAUGUCGGCCCAUUUAGAUACCCAAGUGUUUCCACACGGACUCUAAUAAAGGGAGCAUAAUAACAAUCUAGUUUUGUCCAAAACAUAUCAGCACGUACACGGGGUAGAGAAGCGUUAAAUCGCUUUGGAAGGUGGUCUGAGAGCAGCUACGUUUAUACAAAAGUGAUAAAGUCAUUGUGUAACUAUACAGCUAGCUGUUUACGGGAACAACACCUAGGACCAACGUGCGAUCAAAAACACUACUAUGGCGAAGGUUAUGAACGUUAAUUAGGUUGUGUGACGUUCGUCCAGUAGACAACGCUGAUUCGCUGGUAGAUGCAACGCGCCAAUAAACUGGCGAAUGAACGUCUCGGAUAUUGCGUCAUGGCUACUAAAAAUCCCACGUGAUUGGAUAGUUACCACGCGACGUGUUUAAUAUUCAUGAGACAUCCCCUUCGCCGUAGUAGGGUUCGCAGAUGGAUAGAUACAUGUGCACGAGGCGAAUGUGAAAAGAAGUUUGCGUAAUGCAUUUAUUCAGUUUGCGGUUAAAGAAAUAAAAGGAGGGGAGAAAAAAAUAUUAUGGAUGAAGAAAAUCGAGCAGAUCCCCCGAACUGGAUAAAGCAGCACGCCGUAUUUUGUCUUUAGUAUCAAGAGUUGAUGCAUUUAGAUGUCGGAGACAGUGCUCAAGUAUAUGCCGCUUUCCUGGUGUACAUGGACCUGACGGAAGUGCGUAAAUGGACAGAGGUGGUUGGAGUUCCCUGUCCGGAGUUACAGGCGGUUCUUCUGGAGGCUCGAGAGAAGGAAGGAGAAACAGUCCAGAUGAUCUACCCUCUGCCUUCACACAGAUCCAUCAGACACAGAGACUUGCGGUGUAUAUUGGACAGAGGUGCCCCGAUGCUCUUGUGUGCUGUGGCUUCAGACUCCACUCUUGUGUAUCAGAGACUGUGCGAUGGCUUUCUGACCCCUGACCCUCCAGUGGACAUUCAAGACCAAGGCCGCCGCCAGCAUCGCAAACGGAGGUUACAGACGUGAGAGAAACAGACUGUGAUUCCUCGCUCUCCAGAUGUGACCGAUAUAGGCCGUUAUGAAUGUGUUUACCAACUGAUUAUCUUUGAAGAUGAGCGAUUGCUGAAUUUAUAAGAUCGGCUCAGACGUGGGCCGUAUUUGUGUGUCUGAGUGGAUCCUUGCUGCUUUUGUCUGUUAUACAGAGAGUAUUACACAAACACACCACCACUGAGCUGCUUGAAAUGUCAAAUGUGUAAAAUGAUACAAAAAAAACAAGCAGAGAGAGCUGAAAAAUACAUGGGUGUUCGAAUCCUGUAUAAAAUCCAUCGUAAAAGGAUAGCUAAUUAUUUACUCACCCUUAUGUUACCGCAAACCAAUCAAACCUUUGUUCAUCUUUAAAAGGCAAAUAAAGACGUUUUAAUGAAAUCCGAGAUCCUUCAACGAAAGCCAGUGCAACCAAAACUUUGAAGCUAAUAAGACUCCGCGAAGACAGAAAAAAGCAGUCUAUUUAAAUUGAGUAAUUUAAUCCAACCGAGUGUGAAGUCACUCAAGAGCUUGCAUGACUAACAAAAACAAACCUCAUUGGGUCUCGUGCACAAAAGCAAGUUUACUUGAGCUUUCAUUGACCAUAUUUGAUGUUUGCGUGAAUAAAAGCAUAAAUUGAAUCUGUAAAGUGAACAUGUUUCUUUAGAAAACACGAUUAUUAUUUAUUAGGAUUAUUUUGAGUGUUUUUGAAGCCUACGCGUUUUGGGACAGAUGUUUUGGGUUCAUUAAAAUUCCUCAUUUGCAUUUCAAAGAUGAACGAAAGCCAUGCAGGUUUUGGAAAGACAUGAGGGCGAAUAAAUGAGAGCAUCUUCAUUUUUGGGGCGAACCAAGUAAUAAUUCUGCCAAAACCUCUCACUUAUUCAUACCGUGUUCCAAUCCUUAAUUUUCUGUAAAAAUAAAUAAAAUACACUGGACCCCAUUGACUUCGUUAUACAAAAAACCCAAACAACUGAUGCUUCUCCUUGGAUAGUUGGUCAUUGUGUAUUUAUUUAUUCUUUCACUCAGCAUCACACUUGCAUUUUUGGCAAUUUUGUUUGGCCCAACUGUGUACAUCGAGAACUUAAGCAUACAUGUGGGAUACUGUUCACUUUAGUGUGAAAAUACAGAAAUUAAUGGCUUACUGUUGUAUAUCAUUUCAGAAAGGAAAACACUGUGUGCUUAAGGCUAUGGCAAAUUACUGUCAUACUGUAAAAGGAAGAAGCACUUCCCGGUAAUAAAAACGUAUCCAUGUAAAACUC